CUUUUCAUUUUCCCCCCCCCUUCUCUUUCACUCUCUUCACUCUCCCUCUCCUCCCUCUACCAUCCCACCACCCGACUGCCCCACCCCCUCCUUAGACGGUCAACGCCGCAGCCACCGCCAUUUCGGACCAGCAAGCGUCGCCACUAGACGCCGCCGCUGUUUCCAAUUCUUUAUACAAGAUCAGCUUAUGUCUCUCAUUUGCAUUUUUUUCCUCUUUAUGAGUAUCUGAUUUGUUCAUGCUUCUUGUUGUUGAUUGGAGUAAAUAAGCUCUCUGGUUUCUUUCUUCUUCAAUUUUACUGUGCUAUAUGUUAGUUUGAUCUUUUAGAUCGGCAUUUCUUUGUGCUCAUUUUUUAACCAUAGGAGACUGGGUUUAAUUUUCUCUCUAUUGCUUGUGAUUUGGUAUGAUUCAUAUUCAUUUGUUUAUACUAUAUUAGUAGUUGUGGUGUUUCCUCAAGAGGAAAAAUUAACAAGCCUAUUUGGUGUUUGAUAAAAUGUCACAAAAGAGAUAAUGUUAAUGACUAUAUAAUAGUAUAAUGUUAAUGCUACAAUUCCUAAAUGGCCAUGCUUCUUCAAUUUUUUCCUCAUAUUUGAGUGCAAGGGCAACAAAAAGAAGAUGUUAUAUGGUACAUGAAAGAAUCAACUAUAGUUCUAUAUGUGCUCAAAUGAAAAGGGAAAUCAAUAAUGACGAGGAAGCUUUAGGAAAAUACGAUGGUAAAAUUCGAGAGGUAGCAAAUGAAGUUACCCUUAUAAAAUGGUGGAACACCACUGAGUAGAAUGUAUAGAAUAAUACAUACUUCACUUUUCAACAAAACGGAAACCUAAAAAUAAUUGGCUACCGCUGAUUUGGCACGAGCUCACCAUUUAGCGCGCACCUCAUUCUGUAUAUCCAACAGCUCUUAUGUUUUCUGUUGUAGGGAGUGCGCGCUUUGUAGAGCUUGACGACACUGAAUUACACAUAUUGAGCAAUUUUCUUUGACUGAAUUGACCACUUCAUGUUGCGUUUGAUAAACUUCAUCAUAGUUUCAGAGCUACAAUUUCUUAAUUACUUGAAAGUUCCUCUCAGAUUUCCUUUCAUUUCAACUUUGGUGAGACCCCUGAAUCACCCAUCUGACCUUCUUAAUGUAUACCUAUAAAAUUUCCAUGUUUCAGCUUUACUCUUAAUCUCAUACGGAGAUUAGGAGAAUCUAUGUAACGAAAUUCAUGUGUUUGAUACGUAAGCACUCAAGCCUAGAAGUCCAAUAUUGCUAGAGUAUUCCAUCCUGUCUAUAACACUUUAUUCUCAAGUGGUCUCACUUCGCUAAUAAAAUACAACGGUAGUCCAUAGAAUUUUGUGCCUUUUCUCUAGAUAUCUGGUCAGAUUCAUGUGUUGCGUCCAUUAAUGCUUAUAUGUUCUUCAUUUAAUGAGGCUUUUGGAUAAAUAAUUAAUUUUGAUUUGAAACAUAAAGGCGCUGAAUAGAGUCCACUAAUUCUCACACGUGUCUUAUGGAUUGUGAUUCCCUUUGAAACUGAAGUUUGAUUCCAUAUUCUCUUAUGUCAGAUUUUCUCUUAAUCCUUUUUCCUUCACUAGUACAGACAUAUUGGCAUAUUCAGGCAGAAACUAUUAAUGAUCUUUUUCUUUUUCAGUUAUUGAUGCUUCGAUCUUGUGCUAACAUGUUUCAUGGAAGUAACCCUUUUAUUUCAUCAAAUGAGUGAAUAAUUUUAAAUUUUGAUGCUGCUGUGAAGAUAGCAUUGAAAAUUAAGGCUGAAACCUCAGGUCAGUAAGCUUCCAAAUAUUUCUGAAUACCUGUAAUGGCACAAUAUUAGUCCAUAGACUUCCAUCUCACUCUUUAUGCAUGUGAAUCUCAAAGUACCAGCCAUUUCUUUUAAUUUGAGAAAUGUGCACUACAUUUUUCUAGUUCUUAAUUGGAUGAUUCUCUUUGGAGGUUGGCACCUCAGUUGCUUAACCAAAAAAAACCUCCCUUUACCUUAUGUCUUACCAUUGUUGUUCCAGGAACAAAGUUGAAAGACUUUGUGACAACACUACAGUCUAAUGCUUCCAUCCAGUCUGAGAUUGCAUUUGAAAAGCUCAGAACUUACUUUAAAUGAGACAUGAUAAUGCUGGCACACAAAUAGUCACAUUGAUACUCCAUCAUUCGGUUAUUGCAGUUUCAUUUAGGCUUUAUGAUAUGGAUGGCACGGGAUUCAUCGAGCGGCAAGAGGUUAAGCAAAUGUUGAUUGCAAUUUUAUGCGAAUCUGAGAUGAAGUUGGCCGAUGAGACUGUUGAGAUAAUACUUGAUAAGACAUUUUUGGAAGCAGACUCAAAUCAGGACGGAAAGAUUGACAAAUCUGAAUGGCACAAUUUUGUGGGCCGAAAUCCUUCAUUAUUAAAGAUAAUGACUCUUUCGUAUCUAAGGAGUAUGAAGCUAUGAAGCAUUAAGUUGCUCAGCUAACAAGAACACUUAAUUCCUCAGAGGCUAGGAUGUUGGGUAUGCAAGCCCAAAUUAAUAGUUUAUGAUGGAUAUGUUUAAAUAGAUAUGUAUAUUAUCUUUAAGAGUUUGAAUGUAGUUUUAGUUCGAAUUAGAAGUACUUUUAAGUUUAUGGCGUGUAAGUGUUUCAAUGAUGUUUAUGAUGUUUAAGUGUUUGAAUGUAGUUUUAAUUUUAAGUACUUUGAGGUUGAAUGGACAAUGUUUAAGUGUUCAAGUGUU